AAAAUGCCAUUUUAUCCAGUGCGUGCAUUAGUCUGACUUUGUCAGAAGACGAACUAUUUGUAUCUAUUACUUACAAUUUUGCAACUCCUUUAAAAGUUCUAUACGACAAGAAAUCGCAGGCAAUUGGUAGUCAACCUACCCAAAAGUUUACAACUACGCCAUGAUUUCUUCUCGAGUGCAGCAUUCAGUAACAGUUUUCGAUUAAAACAUAAGAGAGAACUCAAUAUAAGUAUUUUUAUAAGUGUUUGAAUUAUUAGUUAAACAUGGAGCGUGGCAGGAUAGCUAGUAUAGUGUCCGACACUUGGGGCCGCGCGGCAGUCUACACCUAUGAAACACCUAAGGCGGCAUCUACUACCGAGCAGCCCGAGAUACUAUACACCUCAAAUGCGUACUUACGUACGACAGCAUCAAGCAUCUCUCAAGAGCUUGCAGAACUUCAUAUUCCUGAUCCAAUAACGCUCGUGCCGGUCGAAGGAAUGACGACCCUUCUGUCAUAUUUAUAUGCCACUCUUCUUGAAGAUGUGAUUUCACAAAUGUGGAUUUUAGAAAGAUGCAACAACGAGUUAAACAUAAGGAAGACAUUGUUCGAUUUAGACAAUUUUCUAGCUGUAAAAUUUGAUAUAAAGAAACCCAAUCACGCCGAUGAAGAUCUAGUUGAUAUAAAUCCAGCUAAUCUAAACUCUAUCACAUAUAAAAUUAAAAAGCUGGAUGCAGAUAGGAAAUAUGUGAAUAACGUUGUCCAAUCUACAUAUCUAGAUUUGGCGCAGUCUUUUCACUUUACACCACUUGUGAAAUAUAUCAGAGAAAUUGAGACACGCAAUAAAUAUCGCGCUGAAUUAGAAGAAGAAGAAUCUAAAAACAGGAUGCUACGUAAAGAAUUGAGCAGACAAGUGAGGCAGCAACGCAAUCAUUUCAAAACUGUUUUAUAUGAUACCGACGUUAACAUUGAUAGGCUUAGAACACAAGUCGAAGAUUCAGUCUUGCUCUCGGAAGUACGCAGUCGCUACAUCGAUAACUGGCAGCAAGCUAGAGCCGAACAAAACAAUCAAGUUAUAUCGGACAUUGAAAGUAUUCCUGGGGAUAAGAUAGCGAAUUACAAGCUAAGAACCGGUCAGGAGAACCGGGUCCAUGCUGAAGUGGAACUAUUAGUGAACAUUGCUAUUAAUGAAACACUGGCUAAGGUCGAAGAAUGGAUGGACAAGUAUGACACUGAUAUGGAAAAUAUUGAUUUGAAGAUACAAAUCAAGAAAAACGAUUAUCAAAACAUGCGUGAUAAAAGAUUUGAGCUUGAAGAAAUGCUGGCGAAACACGAGAUGCAAAUGAAAGCUUGGAUCAAAUUUAAGGAAGAGCGCGAGGAAAAUCGUCGUUACAUCGAACUGAUGACUAAUUCAGCCAUAAUUGUGCAAGCUUGGUGGCGUGGACUGAUUGUACGCCUUCAGCUUGGGCCCUUUAAAGUCAAAAAGCCCAAGAAGGGACUCAAGAAAUAAUUUUAGUCAUUUAACUUUUAAUAUAAUAUUAAUAUUGUUAA